AUGUCCACUAUGGAAAACACAACAGAAUCGACCCCGCUAUCCUCUACGGAAGCUGCGGACAAGGUCGAUCUCCUCAUCCUUGGUGCAGGCUGGACGUCAAACUUUCUGAUCCCCCUCUUGGAAAAAUCCGGCUUAAGAUUCGCCGCAACGUCCACCAGCGGCCGUCCCGGAACCAUUCCGUUCCGCUACGAUCCAGACUCGGCCUCUCCAGAGCCCUUCCGGCUGCUGCCCACCGCAACGACGGUCCUUAUCACGUUCCCAUUAAAGGGCGAAGGCCAGAGCAAACACUUGACUGGCCUCUAUCACAGCACUCACCAACAGCAGACCCCGGAAUCGACACAGUGGAUCCAGCUCGGCUCGACGGGCAUCUUCACGGACCCGCAUUGGACGGACGAGUCCUCGUCCUACGACAGGACGAACCUGCGUGCCAUAGCCGAGGAUGAGUUGAUGGCAUGUGUCCCACGCGCCACCGUCCUAAACCUCGCGGGGCUGUACGACGGCGAGACACGCAACCCGCGCAACUGGCUGGCCCGUGUAGCCCGCACCAAGGAUGCCGUCAGGGGUAAGGGCGCGCUGCAUCUGAUUCACGGCGCCGACGUCGCCAGAGCCAUCGUCGCAGUGCAUGGGCGCUUCACACCGGGGAGGCGCUGGAUCGUGGCCGACCUGAGGACAUAUGAUUGGUGGGAUCUUGUUCAGGCGUGGGGUGCCGAUGCGAGGGAGCGGCUGGUGGCCAAGGGCGAGGCUGACGUUGUUGAGGGUCUCGACUAUGAGCGCUGGGUUGGAGAGCUGAUGCAGGAGGAUGGAAUCAGGGCUCUGCCGAGAAGUCAGGGCAAGUUGGGUAGGGUCUUGGACUCGAGAGGGUUUUGGAAGGAGAUGGGGACUUGGCCAAUCAUGGGAAGGGUUGAGUGA